AACGUCCCUUCAAAUUCAAAUUCAAUUUAUAUUUUAUAAAAAGUAAAACAUGCGGUUUAUAAUAAUUUAGGAAGGUAGCAGCGUCGUAAGAUGCUCUCAUCUCCUUUCUUUGCUUCGUCCCUGCCAUUGCAGGGUUUGAUGGGUUCUUCUUACUACCUGGCUCACCCACUGGAGAUCGAGGAAGAUCCAAUUCAUAGUGAAAUGGCUUAAUUUAUCUUCCCAAUUUCAGAAUCAACAAUGCGAGGAUUGACCAAACUUAUACCCUUAACGCACCCAAGUCUUCACCUUUCGCAUCCGACUCUCGAAUCCUUCAUCUGGAACACCCUCAUUCGAGCUCACGUCCAAGGCAAGACUCGAUCCACAAGCCCCAUCGAUGCCCCAAUCACCAUAUUUCACCGCAUGCGCUUCCAUGGCGUCGACCCUGAUUUCCACACUUUCCCUUUCCUUCUCCAAUCCUUCUGUUCUCCACCUCACCUUCCCUCUGGACAAAACAUUCAUGCUCAAAUUCUUUGCUUUGGCCUCGAUUGUGACCCAUUCGUCCAAACAUCUCUCAUCACCAUGUACUCUGCUUGUGGCAAUUUGGGUUUUGCCCAACAUGUGUUUGACGAGAUUGUCCAACCCGAUUUACCCUCCUGGAAUUCGAUUAUCAAUGCGAAUGUGAAAAUGGGUUUGGUCGAAAUUGCGCGGAAGUUGUUUGAUGAAAUGCCUGAACGAAAUGUAAUCUCUUGGAGUUGUAUGAUAGAUGGGUACGUGAGGUGUGGUGAAUGUACAGAAGCGCUUGUGUUGUUUAGGGAGAUGCAGGAGUUGGAAACCAGGGAUGUUAGGCCCAAUGAAUUCACCAUGUCGGUUGUGCUUUCGGCUUGUGGACAGUUAGGUGCACUUGAGCAUGGGAAAUGGGUCCAUGCUUAUAUUGACAAAUGUGGGAUGGAAGUUGAUGUUGUUUUAGGGACUUCUUUAAUAGACAUGUAUGCCAAAUGUGGGAGCAUUGAAAGAGCAAGAUGGGUGUUCAAUAGUUUAGGUCCUAACAAGAAUGUAAUGGCUUGGAGUGCAAUGAUCUCUGGUUUGGCUAUGCAUGGGCAGAGUCAAGAAUGUCUUGAUUUAUUUUCAAAGAUGACAAAGCAUGGGGUGAGACCUAAUGCUGUUACAUUUUUGGGUGUUCUCUGUGCUUGUGUACAUGCGGGUUUAGUGAGUGAAGGGGAAUCGUAUUUUAGGAGGAUGAGUGUAGAAUUUGGCAUUAUGCCUUUGAUUCAACACUAUGGUUGCAUGGUUGACCUUUAUGGAAGAGCUGGCCUAAUAGAGGAGGCAUGGAAUACUAUAAAAUCUAUGCCAAUGGAACCUGAUGUUCUUGUAUGGGGAGCUAUUUUGAGUGGAUCUAGAAUGCACGGGGACAUUGGAACAUGUGAAGUUGCAAUCAAGAAAUUAAUUGAGUUGGAACCCACGAAUAGCGGAGCUUAUGUGCUUUUGUCGAACAUUUAUGCAAAGACUGGUAGGUGGAAGGAUGUAAGGCACGUUAGGGAUAUAAUGGAGGCAAAGGGGAUUAGGAAAGUUCCUGGUUGUAGCAUGGUUGAGGUGGGGGGUGUCAUUCAUGAGUUUUUGGUGGGAGACGAGUCUCGUCCAGAGACGAGAGAAAUAUAUAUGAUGCUUGAAGAGAUUAUGAAGAGGUUGAAGAUGGAGGGUUAUGUGGGAAACACAAAGGAGGUAUUACUUGACUUGGAUGAGGAAGAAAAGGAGCUAGCACUCUCACUUCAUAGUGAAAAAUUGGCUGUUGCUUUUGCCAUUUUAAAGACAAGUGCCGGUUCACCUAUAUAUAUAGUGAAAAACCUUAGGAUAUGUGAUGAUUGUCAUGUUGCUAUAAAGAUGAUUUCUAGGAAUUUUGGCCGGGUUAUUGUUGUUAGAGAUUGCAAUAGGUUUCACCAUUUUGUUGAUGGCAUAUGCUCUUGUAAAGAUUACUGGUGAGUGAGAAAAUUGCCAAAUUUUUGAUUAGGUCAUCUCUACACAACCAGGCAUGAUGGAAUAUAAGCUGCAAUCUUAAUGGAGCGAGUUAAGGAAACUGCUCUCAAAUUUGCACGUUUGGCUUCAGAUGCAAAUCUGAUGCAUAUAACCCAUAUUAUUGAGGUGAACAUUGAUGUCUAACCUUGAAGCAUCUCAUUCUGCAUGAAGGGUGUUUAUUAGCAAUAACAUAUGCUCUUAUUUUGGGUACCAUUGAGACAAACUUACUGUUGAAGUG